CCCGCCCCAGGCCGCGCCCGCCCGUCUGCCGGGCCAUGGUGGCGCUGAAGGGUGUCCCCGCGCUGCUGUCCCCCGAGCUGCUCUACGCGCUGGCGCGGAUGGGGCACGGGGACGAGAUCGUUCUUGCGGACUUGAACUUCCCGGCCUCCUCCAUCUGCCAGUGUGGGCCCCUGGAGAUCCGUGCAGACGGCCUGGGCAUCCCGCCGCUCCUGGAGGCCCUGCUGAAGCUGCUCCCCCUGGACACCUAUGUGGAGAGUCCGGCUGCAGUCAUGGAGCUGGUGCCCAGCGACAAGGAGAGGGGCCUGCAGACCCCGGUGUGGACGGAGUACGAGUCCAUCCUACACAGGGCCGGCUGCACGAGAGCCCUGGCAAAGUUAGAGAGGUUUGAGUUUUAUGAGCGGGCUAAGAAGGCUUUUGCUGUUGUGGCAACGGGGGAGACAGCCCUCUACGGAAACCUCAUCCUCAAGAAGGGGGUGCUUGCCCUCAGCCCCCUGCUGUAGGCCUGGUGAAGACCACCUGGGAUAGAAGAGGAAUUGGGGGCACCCUGAGCUCCGGUACCACCACUCACAACAGGCCUCCCAGCGGCAGCCCCAGACCUGGGUCCUGGCCAGGGCUCUAGGGGGCUGGCAGUCUUGGGGUGGGCCCUGCCUGGCCAGGGCUGUAGGGGCCCGGCAGCCAAUUGGUACAAAUGUCCCUGAUUUGUGAAAAUGAUGGAAAAAUGUAGUCGCCGGUAAACGUUCAGUCUAAAGGUUUCAAUUCCA